AUGACGGUGCCAAUGGCAUCUUACCCCCUGCAAGAUCCAGAUCAGCAGCAGGUGGACGCUGCCGAGGCCUCGCCGGCGCCGGCUGAGCGCGUGGAGCCCUUCUCCUUGCAUUUGAAACUUGAGAUGCUCCACCUCCGCAGCAGUGACGGGAGGAGAGGACAGCCGACAUAG